CAUCCAGACUGUUGAAGAUCUCUUUGUUACUUCUUGGAUAUUCAAUCAAAAUGGCCAAAGUGGAUGGACUGCACCGAUUCAUCAUCUGACUAGAUUCUCAUCAAACAUUUUUCAAGCGUUCUAUGAUUUAGCAAUGUUUCGUUUCCUCUCUGUGCUCCUGCUAGCAUCAGCUACAGCCUGGAUAUCUGACAAAUGUUUUCUUUAUGACGUUCAAAUUAUCUUUGACAACCAAAUCAUUCCAUCUUGCCCGAGUGGAAACCUAACAGCAAGCUGUGUGGGCGUUAGCGAUGUGAAGAUGGACCUUGCCGUGCUUCCUCCUCGAGUUGACAGUCUUUGCCUGGAAGCAGCGCAUGGACUGGUGCUACGUCCAAAUGCUUUUAAGCGAUUCUCCAUUCUUGAGCAAUUGUACAUCCGGAAGUGUCCCAAGGCCAUUCAUUCUGGAGCUUUUGCAGGGUUGCCAAAUUUGAGGCUGAUAUCACUCGGUGGACCUGAAAGUCAGUUUCAAACACCAGACUGCUGCAGGACUUCUGUGUCACCAAAUGCUUUUGCGCUGCUUCCCAGCUUGAGCAAGCUUUCUUUUUAUUACUACAACCUGUCCACAAUGUCAACAGAUGUAUUUAAUGGACUGAAAGACCUACAAGCCUUGCACUUACAGAUCUGUGGCAUCGACCUCCUGGAUAUUGCAUGCACAGUUGUUGAACUCUCACACUCACUGACGUCUCUGGAUGUUGCUGUUGAUGACACGGUCAUCCUGAGAUGCCAACAUUGUCCACGACUGGAGAAUGCUUCGUCAGCUGAACAUUUCCAAGCUCUGAAAAGAGUCCGUUUUGAUUUUCCAAGUCUGAAAUCAUUGAGGGAAAAUGUUUUCAAGUACUUUCCUAGGAUUUCUUUUCUAAACAUGCCCAUGAAUUUGGUUCUCAAGACGCAGCUGUUGCAGUCUGGAGUACAAAAGAUUCAGUUGCUGAAAGCAGACCUGGAACAAGGUGGUCUUGGGUCAGUUUGUGAAAUUGCACACAAUCUUUCAGUUGAAAAUCUUUAUCUAAAAUUAGAAAACGAAUAUGCACUUCAUGACAAUAUCGGACUCGAAAGAUGUGCUGGACUGCGAGAAAUGCAACUCAUGAGCUCUUUCUUGCAAGAUGAACUCAGUUUCAUAGGGGUUGUAAAAAAUCUACAAGUUUUGGUUUUGGAAAACAACUUUUUGCCGCAGUCCCUUGAUAAUCUUUGUGAAUUACCUGAUUCUUUGCAGCUGUUACAAAGGUUCUUUCUAAAUUUGAGUCCAUUAAGCAGAAUAACUAGAAGACAAUUUUAUUGUCUGCAAAGUCUCAAAACACUUGAUCUCUCCUAUAAUCAAAUCUCUGUGAUCGAGGAUUUUGCAUUUGCAGGAUUUGAUAAGUUGCAAGGUUCCUUCUUAAAGGGCAAGAGUUUGCUGACUGACAAUCAGACUUCUAACGGCCUCUAUCAUUUGGAAUAUUUACGUUUGAGUGGCAAUUAUAUGACAUCAAUUAACUUCGCUGCAUUUGAAGGCCUGAACAGUUUGAAAGUCUUGGACCUUCAUGACAACAGGAUUACUCGGAUCAUAGCGAAUCAAUCGAUCGCACCUUCGGGACUGGAGAGUUUGGAAAGUUUAGACUUGUCAGGCAACAGUAUCAUGAAUUUUGAUGACUACACAUUCAAACGACUGAAAAGUUUAAAGACUUUAAUGUUGGAUCACAACAAGAUUUCUGAAAUUAGAAGGUUCACCUUCUUUGGUCUGGAUGGUUUAGAGAUAUUGCUGGUUGAAUAUAAUGCAGUGAAGCAUCUCGAACCAUCUGCCCUGAGCAAUUUAACUGCCUUACGGAAGUUCUCCGUUGGGUGUCUCAAACAUCCAUUAUCCGUAAGCGCGGAGGUCAAGAUCAAUCUCGGUCUCCUGUUUGGCCGCAUCCCUAUAAACCUCACUGAGCUUGUUAUCAGCUCCUGCAGCCGCCCGUUGAGCAUCAUGAUCGGGAGCGAGAGCGCCCCCAAGCCUGGACUACAGCUUCAAAUCUUCGGACAGAGAGUCCGCUUCCUAGACUGUGAGAAGCCAUUCUUUCUGUCAGUGGUCAGUCUUAAAGUUAUAGUCAAACAGCUGUUGUGUGGCUCACACUUCGCUGGGAAAUACUUCAGGUUCUUGGAAAACUUUGAGUUAUCUUCUCAAUCUAUGACCACUUUUGACGAUCUGGUCGAUCUGAAUACCCUUCUGCAUCUUCGGCAACUUAAGCUCACGAGCAUUGACCUUUCUGACCAACCACAUCUUGAUAUUCUGCUCCACAAUCUGACAGCGCUGCAAUUUUUUGGUUUGUACAGAUCCCGAAUUCCUUCCUUCAGGGAGGAGCUUACCAGAGACUUGAAAUCACUCAAAUAUCUCUUUGUUAAUUUGCACAAUGACUUGAACGUGGAUGAAAACUUUACCAGGCCACUUUUAAAUCUGAGGUACAUUGUUAUGCUUGACACGAUGCUCUUCUGCAACUGCGACAACUCUUGGUUUAAUGAUUGGAUCAAACACGAAAGACAGGUCCAUGUGCUAACAUGGUUGUUUGAAAGGGGACAUGCAUUAACAUGCCGUACAUUCAACAACAUCCAAGACUUUGCUAAGUACACUGAGUCCAGCUGCUUCCUGCAUGUGGAAUUUUUCUUAUACGCCUCGACUUCUCUCGGGAUUCUGCUUUUCAUGUUAGUAGUUCUGGUCCAUAACCUUGCCGGAGAUUACCUGCUGGCAUUCAUAUACAUCGCUCGUGGAUGGAUGGAUGAAGCCAUUCGAGGGAGUGCUUCCAAACACUAUCAGUACGACGCUUUUGUCUCGUAUUCUGGAAUGGACGAGCCCUGGGUCAUGGACGAGCUUCUUCCCAACCUGGAGACACGAGGACCACCGUUCCUGCGGCUCUGUCUUCACAGCCGGGACUUUCACCUGGGUGUGGACAUUGUGGAAAACAUCACCAAAAGCCUUUACAGGAGCCGCCACACACUUUGCCUGGUCAGCCGCCACUACCUCCGCAGCAAGUGGUGCUCUUUAGAGAUGAAACUGGCCACGCACCGCCUGCUAGUCGAGCACAGGGAUGUUCUGAUCGUCGUGUUCCUGGAGAAGAUCCCGCCGAAGAUGCUGUCUGCUCACCACAGGCUGGCACGGUUUGUCAAGAGGAAAACCUACAUAGACUGGCCCCAGGACCCCCAACAACAGGUGGCAUUCUGGGAUAGACUGUGGGCCAAGGUCACACCCAAGCCUGUCUGAAGCAAGUAAUCACUCUCCCAUCUAUUUUUAUGCUCUGGGGUCAUUUUAGAUACUAAAUAUAUCAUCUUUGUUACUAAAUAUAUCUCUUGAUAUUUAUCAGGCAGGGUUUCUUAAAGCUUUUUAAUAGAAUCUGCCUUUGAAUUUGUAUUUUUUAUUCUAUACUGCUCU